UAUAUAAGCUAAUAUAUUUCUGUAAGCAGAUCACUGGCAGAUCGAUUAUUCUUUUUAUCGGGUCUAAUGUUCCUAAUGGACACUGAAAAUAAUAGCUUAAUAUUCACUUAUCUGUUCAAUGCAUGGGUCUGGUAGCAAAGAUGUCUUCAGAAAUUACUUAUAGCUCUGUGACCAAACCCCUCUUAUGAUUAUUGGGUUUUGGGUAGGCUUAUUAUCUUAAAUACCAGUGAAACACACCCGCAAAAGCAUGAGCCCAUUGGAGGGACUUUUGUGACUAAUGAGGUCUUGGUUAAAGCCCUGCCUCUAGUGUGCCCCGCUGUGCCAAAGGAGUUGCUUAGAGCUAUUCUUUGUAGGGUGGAGAUGAAUUGCAUGGAGCCAUUCUUUGUGGCGUGGACAAUGGCUGGUGCCAAAAAGGCAUCCGGGGUAAAGGGUUAAUCCUCUUAAUUACCUGGAGGAACCAACAGUUUAAUCCUCUUCCACUUUUGCAGGCUAUAAAGUUAUGGCCACUAAUUGCUCACAUUAAUGAUGAUUUAAGAGAUGGAAAUUAAGUAAUUACUGAGUAUAAAAGGGCAGAGCUAUGUACCCGAAAAAUUUCAUGGUACUGUUAUAUCAAUAAUAAAUUAAUAAAGUUAAGUUUUUUUUUUCUUAUUUGUAAAUUUUGGCCUACCUUGAAAUUUUUUUAGCUUAUCGAUGGAAUAGACUUACGUAACUUAAUGGCCUAAAUGACCAUAUUUUGACCCUUAUUGGUUUUUGAUUAUCAUUUGUCAUUUUGGCCCACCUUGAAGGCUCGAAGCCAAAUCCUGGCUCCCACAAAGAUUAUGACGGUUAUGAUCAAUAAUCUUACUGAUGGCGUAGAAUUCUAGUUCAGGGAACCAUGAUGCUGUAGAUACAUUUGAAAUAGACUGUAUAUAGCUAAUUCAAACGGUGAUAACAGUGCCUAGCUUGUAAGUUCUCAUUAUCUUCUUUGCGGUUAAGAUAUGGUAUAACGGAUUUUGUUUGUAUUAUUUUUGAUGAUCUGUAGAUUACACAGUUAAUUGCUAAGAAGUCACAAUCUAUAUAUGCUUAUAAGCACACUCUUGGUAAGUAUGUGAUGUUCAACGAAACCAGUAAGCGUAGAUAGUAAGUUUCUAAAAGCCAUCAAUGUAAUUAAAAUUCGCCCAUGCGGUAUCGUGUCCGUAAAACUUUCGGAAUCAUGACGUGUCUAUAUCUGAGUGGCCAAUGGCAAUUACUAUACUCCCUAAAUAAAUAUAUAUUCAACAAAGAUAUCUCCAUAUAUCACUGACCCCCACCCCCCAACCCUUUUUUUUUCCUUUUCCAUACCCAAUCACCGAAACUAGGGUUUCGAUGGAUCAUCUUUCUGAAAUCCAUGAGCAGAUACUCAUAAGAUUGAGUGUGAGGGAUCUGAUCCGAUGCAAGAGCGUGUGUAAGUCAUGGCUAUCUUUGAUCUCUAAACCUCAAUUCAUCAAAGCCCACCUUAACCAAAAUGAUCAAAUUGAUCGCAAGAAUGACAUAAUUGGACAUAGAAGAAUUGUUAUGUCUAAAUUACCUUAUAACUCUGAUGGAGCUUUUGAAUUUGACAACUACACAUUUGACUUCUGUCGAAGUCAUCUACUCGGUUCUGCUAAUGGUCUGGUAUGUGUCUCUCUUUCCCGUACUGAAAUUGUAAUAGUUAAUCCUUCGACUAGAGAGGUAAACAAAAUAACCAAACCGCAAAUUCCAGCUGAAACUGGGCCCCUCUUUUGGGGCUUUGGUCAUGAUUCAUAUGUAGAUGAUUAUAAAGCUGUUAUAGGGUAUUUAAAAGAUGAGAAUUGUACCUGUUUUCAAGUCUUCAGUUUAAAGGCUAAUACUUGGAAGAUGAUUGAAGAGGUAAAUCAUGCCUUUUCAAGUAGGAUAGGUGUCUUAUGCAAGGGAGCUCUUCAUUGGGUUGCAUAUGAUAACUCAUCUAAAAAGAAUAUAGUUCUUUCCUUUAGUUUAUUGGAUGAAAAGUUUGUGGAAGUCCCUCAACCUGAUGAUGUGAGAUACCAAUAUGAUGUCGCUCAAGAGUUUUUAAUGCGUUUGGGAACUAUGAAAGACUGUUUAUGUGUAUUUCUGCACGAAUCACUUCUUGAUGAAUUAUGGGUAAUGAAGGAGUAUAAUGUUAAAGAGUCCUGGGAAAUCAUUGGGCGUGAACCUGAGGUUAAGUAUGACUUCCUGCACCGCAUGAAACUAUUGCAAAAUUAUGUUCCAAAUAAAGGGACCUUGAGUCGUGAUAUAGGGCUGUCCGAUGGGAGAUUGUUCAUGGGGUCUCCUUUAUUUGUUGAAAGUCUGGUUUCUCCUCAUUUCCACAAGAGACAGAAGAGAAAGAGGCGGCAAGCUAUACAAAAACUUCUGUUGUAGCAUUCUGUGGUGUUCCUAAUGCCAAUGCCAGUAGCAGUUUCAGUGCCGUUGUCAAUGCAAGCGCUAGUGCUAGUAUUAGCUAGUUAUGGUUCCAGAGUUCGAGAAGAAGCUGUCAAGUUGACGGAGGGGGUGACAGGUCAAUGUUCUUUAAUUGGUGUCCAAACUAGCAGACUUAGCUUGAAAUCCCGUACCAUUGGCUUAAAUUUCUUGUGUUUAAUGAUUUUUAGAGUGUGUUCUUAAGAUGGUUACUUUGUUGGAGGCUUAUGCCAUGUUAAUUUUUUUGU